GCUGGAAGUGGCUUUGGAGCUGCUUGGACACUUCCCUGCCUUCUGCCUGGGGCCGGGAGACCCGAGGCCGCGCCGAGGGGCUGCAGCGUUGGUCGGAGUGCCCGAGAGCCUGGAAGGGACGUGACGUGGCUGCGCAGAGACUUCUGCAUCCGCAGGGAUUUUGCUCAGCCCGGGAAGCGUCUCCGGGGCAGGCACCCAUGGAGUACAUCAGCACCCGGGGGGGCGUGGGGGCCGUCGACUUCGAAGGAGCCCUGUUCUCUGGCUAUGCACCCGAUGGGGGCCUCUUCAUGCCCCGGAGCAUCCCCUCGCUGGACAGGGACACCCUGCAGAGAUGGAGCAGUCUUUCCUACCGGGAGCUGGUGAAGGAGCUGUGCUCCCUCUUCAUCCCAGCCGAGCUGGUCCCACGGAACACGCUCAACGACCUGAUCAACAGGGCCUUCAGCAGGUUCAGACACAAGGAUGUUGUCCAUCUGUCCAGGCUGAAGGAUGGGCUGAAUGUUUUGGAGCUCUGGCAUGGGGUUACUUAUGCAUUUAAGGAUCUGUCCUUGUCCUGCACAGGGCAGUUUUUACAGUAUUUCUUGGAGAAAAAGCAGAAGCAUGUCACUAUUCUGGUGGGGACUUCAGGGGACACGGGGAGCUCAGCCAUUGAGAGUGUGAGAGGACAGAAGAACAUGGACAUCUUUGUUCUGCUGCCCAAGGGGUUCUGCACCCAGAUACAGGAACUUCAGAUGACCACUGUCAUUGAAGACAACGUACACGUCUUUGCUGCUCGUGGGAACAGUGAUGAAAUCGAUGAGCCCAUCAAGGAACUGUUUGCUGAUGUUGAUUUUGCCCAAAAAUACAACCUGAUGAGCUUGAAUUCAGUCAACUGGUCGAGGAUUAUGGUGCAGAUUGCUCACCACUUCUAUGCUUACUUUCAGUGUGCCCCAUCCCUGGAUAUCAACCCACUACCAGUGGUGGAGAUUGUUGUGCCAACAGGAGGAGGAGGAAAUAUUACAGCUGGCUGCAUUGCCCAGAAAAUGGGUCUCCCAAUUCAACUUGUUACUGUGGUUAACAGCAAUGACAUCAUUCACAGGACUGUUCAGCAUGGAGAUUUCUCACUGUCAGAGAGUGUGAAGCCUACAUUAGCAUCAGCCAUGGAUAUUCAGGAGCCUUACAACAUGGAGAGGAUCCUCUGGCUGCUCUCGGGCUCCGACAGCCGCCUGAUGAAAACGCUGAUGGAGCGAUUCAGGGCAUUGAAAAGCCUGAAGCUGCCAGAGGAUUUGCACAGAAAGCUCUCCCAGACACUACGCUCAUGCUCAGCCUCUGAUGAGGACAUCGUGAGAGCCAUGCAGCACUGCUGGGAGGAAAACCACUACCUGCUGUGCCCUCACUCUGCUGUGGCUGCUCACUACCACUACUCACAGCCAGAAGGCACACCCCGGUGCUGCUUAGCUCCAGCCUCUGCAGCCAAAUUUCAGGAUGCAUUGCUCCGAGCUGGCCUGGAUCCCCAGCUCCCCCCUGACAUCUCUGCUUUGACAGUGAUGGAGACCAGGUCCACUCCGCUGGAGAGAGGCCAGGACUGGGCAGAGGUGCUCCGGGAGAGGAUCCAAGCCAGGGCACAGCAGUGGGAGAUGUCAGGGCAGGGAAUCACUCAGAGCUGAGCUGCCAGGGCAUGGCUGGCUGCUGCCUCCCAUGGCUUGUUUUCCAGGCACAGAAGAGCCCCAGGUAUUGCUGAGAGACGAGCUGAUGCUCUCCAUGCAAUGAAUUAUUUGGAAGAACACACUUUGCUCUUGACU